UUUCUGCAGCCGUAGUUCUUUAUUUGUUUCAUGUUCUACUUGAACGAUAGUUACGAAUUUCUCCUUGAGCUACACCAUAGCCAUAACCAUGGUGUUUAUCGCAUCACCCAACCAGAAAACCCUAGCCAUAGACGUAAACCCUAACACCACCACUCUCCAUCACCUCAAACUUGCGAUCCAACAAACCCUAACCCUCCCAAUUUCUCAACAGCGCCUCUUCCUCUCUCAGAGUCACCGAUUAUCAGCCGCUAAUGACGGCGAUGAUUCGGUUCUCAUCUCCGAUCUCGGCGUCGGGCCGUACUCGACCCUAACCCUUCACAUUCCCCUCCUAGGCGGCACCAAUCCUCCGGCUGUCCCCAAACCCCGCUUCGAUUUCCUCAACUCCAAGCCCCCUCCGAACUAUGUCGCCGGACUUGGCCGUGGUGCCACUGGCUUCACCACUCGUUCCGAUAUUGGUCCCGCAAGGGCCGCCCCUGACCUCCCCGACCGCUCCGCCACAACUAUUGGUGGAACCGCCGGCGCCGGGCGGGGGCGAGGGAAGCCCGGUGAGGAGGAGGAUGACGACGAGGGCGAGGACAAAGGCUAUGACGAGAAUCAAAAGUUCGACGAGUUUGAAGGGAAUGAUGUUGGGUUAUUUGCCUCUGCGGAAUACGAUGAGGAUGACAAAGAAGCAGACGCAGUUUGGGAAGCCAUUGACAAGAGGAUGGAUUCACGGAGGAAGGAUAGGAGGGAGGCCAGGUUGAAGCAAGAGAUUGAGAAAUAUCGAGCCUCAAACCCUAAGAUCACCGAACAGUUUGCUGAUUUGAAGAGGAAAUUGUAUACUCUUUCUUCGGAUGAUUGGCAGAGUCUUGAGAAGUUCGAGAGUGGGGGUUAUUCGUCCAGAAACAAGAAGAAGAGGUUCGAGAGUUUUGUGCCUGUGCCGGAUACUCUUCUUGAGAAGGCAAGGCAGGAACAAGAGCAUGUCACAGCGUUGGAUCCAAAGAGCAGGGCUGCUAAUGGAACGGAGACUCCAUGGGCACAAACCCCAGUUACGGAUUUGACUGCCGUGGGUGAGGGUAGAGGUACUGUGUUAUCUUUGAAGUUGGAUAGGCUGUCAGAUUCGGUUUCUGGGAUGACGAAUGUUGACCCCAAGGGGUAUUUGACCGUGCUUAAUAGUAUGAAGAUUACCAGUGAUGCUGAAAUUUCGGAUUUCAAGAAGGCUAGGUUGCUACUAAAAAGUGUCACUCAGACAAAUCCGAAGCACCCUCCAGGCUGGAUUGCUGCUGCAAGGCUGGAGGAAUUGGCAGGGAAGCUUCAGGCAGCUAGGCAGUUGAUACAGAAAGGGUGUGAGGAGUGUCCCAAGAACGAGGAUGUGUGGCUGGAGGCUUGUAGGCUGGCUAAUCCGGAUGAGGCAAAGGCGGUGAUUGCAAGGGGUGUUAAGUCGAUUCCCAAUUCGGUGAAGUUGUGGAUGCAGGCUGCGAAAUUGGAGCAUGAUGAUGCAAACAGGAGUAGGGUUUUGAGGAAGGGGUUGGAGCACAUUCCUGAUUCGGUUAGGCUGUGGAAGGCCGUUGUGGAGCUUGCUAAUGAGGAGGAUGCUAGGCUUUUGCUUCACAGGGCCGUGGAGUGUUGUCCUUUGCAUGUCGAACUCUGGCUUGCGCUUGCGAGGUUGGAGACUUAUGACAAUGCUAAGAAGGUUCUGAAUAGGGCGAGGGAGAGGCUAUCCAAGGAACCAUCUAUAUGGAUAACAGCUGCGAAGUUGGAAGAAGCUAAUGGCAAUACUUCCAUGGUUGGGAAGAUCAUUGAAAGGGGUAUAAGGGCUUUGCAGAGGGAAGGUUUGGUGAUUGAUAGGGAAGCUUGGAUGAAGGAAGCAGAGGCAGCGGAGCGAGCUGGGUCGGUUGCAACUUGCCAAGCAAUAGUACACAAUACUAUUGGGAUUGGAGUUGAAGAAGAAGAUAGGAAGAGGACAUGGGUUGCUGAUGCAGAGGAAUGCAAGAAAAGGGGUUCUAUUGAGACUGCUAGAGCUAUUUAUGCUCAUGCUUUGACUGUCUUCUUAACUAAAAAGAGCAUAUGGCUCAAAGCAGCGCAGCUGGAAAAGAGUCAUGGUACCAGGGAAUCUCUGGAUGCAUUACUUCGCAAAGCAGUUACAUACAGACCACAGGCUGAAGUUCUUUGGCUUAUGGGUGCCAAAGAGAAGUGGCUUGCUGGAGAUGUGCCUGCAGCUCGUGCUAUCCUCCAAGAAGCUUAUGCUGCCAUUCCCAAUUCUGAGGAAAUAUGGCUUGCUGCUUUCAAGUUAGAAUUUGAAAACCAUGAACCUGAGAGAGCUAGGAUGUUGUUGGCUAAAGCUAGAGAGAGAGGAGGUACAGAAAGAGUCUGGAUGAAAUCGGCUAUUGUGGAGAGAGAGCUGGGGAACAUUGAAGAAGAAAGGAGAUUGUUAGACGAAGGUCUGAAGCAAUUCCCUUCAUUCUUUAAAUUGUGGCUGAUGCUUGGCCAACUAGAGGAACAGCUUGCCGAGAAUGCAAAGCGACUUGAUCAGACUGAAAAACGGCUUGAUCACAUGAGGGAAGCAAAGAAGGUCUACGAAUCUGGACUGAAAAACUGUCCUAAUUGUGUACCUCUUUGGCUUUCUCUUGCUAAUCUUGAAGAGGAGAUGAAUGGACUGAGUAAAGCUCGUGCAGUUCUCACAAUGGCUAGAAAGAAGAAUCCUCAAAACCCUGAACUCUGGCUAGCUGCUGUUAGAGCUGAAUUGAAGCAUGGUUAUAAGAAAGAAGCUGAUAUUUUGAUGGCAAAAGCGUUGCAGGAGUGUCCUAACAGUGGUAUUCUGUGGGCAGCAUCAAUUGAGAUGGUUCCUCGUCCACAACGUAAAACGAAGAGUGUGGAUGCCAUCAAGAAAUGUGACCAUGAUGCCCAUGUUAUUGCUGCUGUCGCCAAAUUAUUCUGGCAUGAUAGGAAGGUGGACAAAGCUAGGACUUGGUUGAAUCGGGCUGUGACGCUAGCUCCUGACAUUGGGGAUUUCUGGGCAUUGUGCUACAAAUUUGAACUACAGCAUGGAACUGAGGAGAACCAGAAGGAUGUAUUGAAGAGAUGUAUUGCUGCUGAACCAAAACAUGGAGAGAAAUGGCAAGUAAUCUCAAAGGCAGUUGAGAACUCUCAUCAACCAACAGAAUCCAUCUUGAAGAAAGUAGUUGUUGCACUUGGGAAGGAAGAGAAUGCAGCCGAGAAUAAUAAACAUUGAUUUGCCGAGGUUGUAACAUCACAUAUGCCCUUGAGCUGUGGCAUAAAUGAAGACCCACGACAUCAUCAUGGUCAAGUAAGUUUCCCUUUUCUGCUCCGCUGGAUGCUCAGAAAGCCUCUGAAAUCAAAGGCAAUAGUCCGGUAGCCUGCAUUUGCUGCAUUUGUUGUACGUAUUUCUGAGAAUCCAUAUGUAAGAAAACCACUGCCUUUUGAACUGCACCAAUUGGAUUGUCACUAAAAGUGAAGUUUGACGAAACUGAUCAUUCAACAAUAUUCUGAUGUGUUCAAGGAAUAACUUUCAAUCUAAACAACAUGGAGCUUUAGUCCCUUCACUUCUACGAGACUGCUGUUUGCUCUCCAUCUUAUCAGGUGUUAGAAGCAGGCUGUUUCACCGCAGAGUGAGAAAAGGGCGAGGGAUUUAUGUGAGAAAAUGGUGUCCGACAAAAGAUAAACCUUACCUACGUCUGUAUGCGCGGAUACAAACAAAUGAAAAUGAAUAUUCUGAUACUAUUUGAGUGCCAAUGCUUUUUCAAAUGGAUAUUCUUUUAUGACA